CCAGGGCCCGGCGGCGGCGCCCCGCGCGGCCCGCGCCGCGGCCGACGACAUCGCCGCCGCUGCAGGACGUGCUCUCCCCGGGCCGACUGGGAUUCGCCGUGCCCCGAAUUCAGCAGAUAAAUAACGCUGUCAGUACUAAUACCCUCGGUCAAAUCAGCCAACAAAUAGCAGAUAUUCGAAGUCAGCUGGCGACGGUUGAUGGUCGAUCGUCUGCCGGACUGAGCCUGCUCCAGUCGCAGACGACGCCGGCCAUCCUGAGAGCGGGAAACACGGCCGUCCAGGCGCUGCUGCGCACCGCGGAGAGGGUUGGGCGAGGCCAAGGGUUGCCAGUGUCUGACGUCAUCUACCCUCCAGCUAUUCUGACAAUUCUACAAGGGGCUAGCGCCCAGCCCAGGACCAGCGAGGGUGGCCAGCCGCAGCCGUGCGGCGGCCAGCGGCCGGUCUGCCGUCUCCCGCGACACGUCCGCUCCAUUGACGGCACGUGCAACAACCUGCAGCAGAGCCACUGGGGCGGCGCCAACGCGCCGCUCAUUCGUAUCAUGCCCAGCAACUACGACGACGGAAUUCUGCAGCCGCGGACCAGAGGGAGGGACGGCAGUCCGCUGCCCUCGGCCCGUCUGGUCAGCUCGCGGUGCGCCUCGGUCGGCGAGAACUCCGCCUCGGGCCGGUUCACACUGUCCGUGAUGCAGUGGGGACAGUUCAUCGACCACGACAUCACCCACGUGCCUGUCCAGAGGCUCAACGUGACCUCCGGCGUGAACUGCUGCAGCGAGGGCAUAUCGCGCGACCGCGUCCGCCAGCUACCAGAGUGUUUUCCGAUCGACGUGCCCGCCAACGACCCCUUCUACUCGCGGUUCCGUGUGCGAUGUCUGAACUUUCUGCGGAGCAUCCCGGCGCUAAGAGAUGGAUGUGGGGAGCAGCCCGCACAGCAGGUGAACCAGAUCACCCAUUGGCUGGACGGUAGUAACGUGUACGGCAGCAGCGCGGCCGAGCUGGCGCACCUGCGACGCGCCGGGUCCCACCUGAUGAGAACCUCGGCCCACGGCCGGCUGCCCAGGAUGCCGCACGGCGCCGGAGAGGGCUGCGCGGAGAACAACGGCGUCUGUUUCCGGGCUGGGGACACUCGUGUCAACGAGCAAAUCUCGCUGACUGCUAUCCACAAUAUCUGGGUGACGAUGCACAACAGAAUCGCCGACACCCUCAGACGGAUCAACCCGCGAGCCUCCGCCGAGGACAUAUUUCAGGAGAGCCGGGCGGUGAACGUGGCUCUGAUGCAGCGGGUCAUCUACUCCGAGUGGCUGCCGAUCGUGCUCGGAGCGGACAUGGUGCGUCGCCUGGGUCUGGACCGGCCCGGCCGCUAUCGGGCCGACCUGCACCCGGGCAUCGUCAACGAGUUUGCUGCCGCCGCCUUCCGCUUCGGACACUCGCUGGUGGCCGGGAGGAUCAGCGUCCCGGGUAGGGGCCGAGCGCUGCGGCUCAGUGACGUCUUCUUCAACCCGGGCGGCCAAAUGCAGCAGAGGGGCAUGCUGCUGUCGCUGAUACGGGGCCUGAUCAGCCAGCCAGCGCAGCGGAUGGACAGCACCUUCUCCAGAGAGAUCGUCGGCCUUCUGUUCAGGGGCGAGCGACAGCACGGUCUGGAUUUGGUGGCUCUCAACAUCCAGCGGGGGAGAGACCACGGGAUCGGCACAUACAGCCAGACGUGGGCGGCUCUGCAGACCGCCUGUCCGCAGCUGGGCGACCCGCCCACCCGCUGGGAGCACCUCAACGACGCCAUGACACCAGGCAGGGUGGCGCAGCUCCGCGCCGUGUACCGCUCCGUGGAGGACGUGGAUCUAUUUGUGUACCUGUUUGUGUACCUGUUUGUGCACCUGUUAGUUGUUCUGUUUGUAUACCGUCAGGUGGCCCAGCUCCGUUCCGUAUACCGCUCCGUGGAGGACGUGGAUCUGUUUGUGGGCGGAGUGGCCGAGGAGCCCGCCGGCGGGGCUCUGGUCGGCCCCACCUUCCAGUGUCUGCUGGCCGAGCAGUUCACACGGCUCAAGUACGCCGACAGACACUUCUACAAUCACGAGAGUUCCAUGUUCAGCGACGCCCAACUGGACGCCAUCGACUCCAUGUCCUGGUCGGCCGUACUGUGUGAGGCGUUCCCGCAGCUCGGCAGGAUACAAGAGAACGCCUUCUUCAUCAGCAGACGCCGCGGUCGCCGAUGCCGACGGACGUUCACCAUGGAAGCCUGGAGAAACGUCCUGCCCCGGCGGCGCUAAACCUUAAAAAGACCACGACACACUGGGUGUCGGCGCAGUGUGUCGGCGCUUACAAUCGAGUCCUGAAUUCUAUUGGGGAGCGAAAAGCAAUCUGACGUGCGCGUUCUUUGGAGUAGUAUACGUUGGGUGUGAGGAAUGCGAGGCGAUUAGUUCAUUUCUGUAAACGUCCCGAU